GGCGCUCAUCCACUGGUGCCCCACGAUUCGAACCGACACUGAUCACCGCUGCUGCACCACGUGGGCGAGGCGCGAACGCGAGCCACGAACGCCUUGCGCCCAUCCCACCGCGCGCCAUGGCCGCCGCCGCGGCAGCAGCAGCAGCCGGAGGCCUCAUCAACCUCCGGCAUCCUCACCCGUCUCCGCCUCCGCGAUCCGCCUCGCUUCGUUUCGGCGCCUCCCACGCGCCGUGCGGCUCGCCGAGCCCGCCUCGGCCUCUCCGGCCCCGCCGCCACGGGGCCCCGCUGCUCGUGGCGCGGUCGGUCGUGGCCGCGGAGGCGGCGUACACGGAUCCCGAGGCGGCGCUCCUCGAGGCUCUCCUCGGCGUCCAGGGCCGCGGCCGCGCCGUCGCGCCGCGCCAGCUGCAGGAGGUGGAGAGCGCCGUGCAGGCUCUCGAGGCCCUGGGAGGCGUGCCUGAUCCGACCAGUUCAAGUUUAAUUGAAGGUAGCUGGCAGCUCAUUUUCACUACCAGACCAGGGACAGCAUCCCCCAUUCAGAGGACUUUCGUUGGAGUUGACUCUUUCAGGAUCUUUCAGGAAGUUUACCUUCGAACAGAUGAUCCAAGGGUGGUCAAUGUUGUCAGGUUUUCAGAAUCAGUUGGUGAUCUGAAAGUAGAGGCACAAGCAACUAUUGAGGAUGGAAAGCGCAUUCUUUUCCGUUUUGACCGAGCAGCAUUCACCUUCAAGUUUCUGCCAUUUAAAGUUCCAUACCCGGUGCCAUUUAGGCUUCUUGGAGAUGAAGCAAAGGGUUGGCUUGACACAACAUACUUGUCCCAUACUGGGAACAUACGUAUUUCAAGGGGAAACAAGGGAACCACAUUCGUUCUACAGAAAAGUGCAGACCCUAGACAAACUUUGUUGUCAGCUAUAUCUGCAGGGACAGGAGUAAAAGAGGUCAUAGAUGAUUUUACUUCAAGCAAAAAUGGAGCCGAAGUUGAUCUGAACAUUCUCGUGGGAGAAUGGCAACUAUUGUGGGGCUCACAGACCGAAGGUGAAAGUUGGUCUUCUAUUGCAUCUGCUGGUCUCAAGGACUUUCAGAUUAUAAUAGAAGACGGACAAUUGAAGAAUUUGGUGAACCCCUUUCCAGGUGUCAGCCUCAAUGCAAGAGGCAACAUAUGCAAAAAGGGGAAUAGCAAUACCUUUAGCGUGUCCAUGAAUGAAGGAGCUGUUCAAGUUGGUGGUGUGCAGUUUCCCUUGGAUACUCAAGGAGAAUUUGUCAUGGAAAUCUUGUACAUCGACAGCAAGAUAAGAAUAUCCAGGCUUAACCAGCACAUGCUAGUCCAUUUACGCAUAGCAAAUACAACAUAAAUACCCAAAUGAAGGAUGUGUGGUCAUAUUGCUCGACUUCAUUGUUGACCAAACCUGGAAUCAAAUGCCACUAGCUUGAACAUAUAAUUUUAGAUUUUUAAGAUUGUUCAAUGGUGACUUGGUGUAUAACUAACCCUAUUAGUACAAAACACAUAUUUGUGUUU